AAACACGGUCCAUGCCCACCUCUAAUUCGUCUCAUUUAUUUUAUUUAUUUAUUUAUUUUUUUAUCCAACAUUUUUCAACUGAGCGGUUGCUGCGCGCGUCGGGUCGAACAAUUCAAAAGUAACUGAAAGGAAGGAACAUAAUAAUAGUAGGCAAAACUCUCGCAGGAUCGCCGCGCUGCAUGAACUAUUUAACAAUUUUGCUGUGCAAUCGAAAACCGACGAUGCUCUCGCGCCGGAGCAAGGAGAAAUCCCAACACAAAGAGGGCGUGGUGGGCAAGUAUGUGAAGAAGGACACGCCGCCGGAGAUACCGGUCAUAAAUGUGUGGACCAGCGAUCAGCGAUCCAAGAAGAAGACGCUCCAGCGCUGCGCCAGCACUUCGCCCAGCUGUGAGUUCAAGCCGCGCAGCUCGAGCACCAGCCGCAACACGUACUCCUGCAACGAUGCGCAGCCGGACUACUACCAUGCGCGGCGUGCCCAGAGCCAGCUGCCGCUCAAUCCGCACACCCACGCCCAUCAUCCACCGCUGCCGCCGCUGCAGUACCGCGCCAGCAGCAACCAGCUGCAGCUCGGCCAAGGCAGCAGCAGCAACUACGUGAACAUCGAGCAUAUUGAGCGCAUGCGGCGCCAGCAGUCAUCGCCGCUGCUCCAGACGCCCACCAGCGGCUUCCAGCGCAGCUACUCCACCACCCCGAAGCACUCGCAUCCACACAUGGCAGCCGCCAGCUAUGACGCCGAUCAGGGGCUGCUGAGUGCCUCCUAUGCCAACAUGUUGCAGCUGCCGCGCCGUCCCCACUCUCCUGCCCACUACGCCCUCCAGCAGCAACAGCAGCAGCAGCAUCAGUCACAGCACCAGCUGCAUCAGCAACACGCCUCUACGCCGUUCGGAUCCACGCUUCGAUUCGAUCCGGCUGCCAUGUCCAUCAGGGAUCGUCAGCCCCGCUAUCAGCCGACAAGAUCUCCACUGCAACAGCAGCAGCAGCUCCACCAUCAGCAGUUGGCCGCACACUUGGGCGGCAGCUACUCGAGCGACUCCUAUCCGAUAUAUGAGAAUCCGUACCGCGUCUCCUCGAUGCGUGCGACCCCGUCGCAGCGUUCGGAGUCGCCCAUCUACAGCAACACGACAGCUUCGUCGGCCACCCUGGCGGUGGUGCCGGCACAUCACCAUCUGACGGUUCCCUCGGCCGGUGGAUCGCUAAGUGGCAGCGGUCGCGGCGGCAGCUCUGGCAGCAUACGUGGAGCCUCUACCUCAGUGCAAUCUCUGUACGCCCCACCACCCACACCGCCAGCCGCUGCCGGAGCACCCACGGGCGGUGGUGGUGCUGCGGCGGGGAGUGUGAAUGGCUCGUUGCAGAAGGUGGCGUCACAGCAGUCGCUCACGGAGCCCGAGGAGCUGCCCUUGCCGCCAGGCUGGGCCACGCAGUACACGCUGCACGGUCGAAAGUAUUAUAUCGAUCACAAUGCCCACACAACGCACUGGAAUCAUCCGCUAGAGCGCGAGGGUCUGCCCGUGGGCUGGCGUCGCGUCGUGUCCAAGCUGCAUGGCACAUACUACGAGAACCAGUACACGGGCCAGUGCCAGCGUCAGCAUCCGUGCCUCACAUCCUACUACGUGUACACCACAUCGGCUGAGCCGCCCAAGGCGAUCAUGCCAGAGGCAUCGAUGUACGCGCCACCUGCCCACACACACAACGCCCUGGUGCCGGCCAAUCCGUAUCUGCUCGAGGAGAUACCCAAGUGGCUGGCCGUCUACUCGGAGGCCGACUCCUCCAAGGACCAUCUGCUGCAGUUCAAUAUGUUCAGCCUGCCCGAGCUGGAGGGCUUCGACAGCAUGCUGGUGCGUCUCUUCAAGCAAGAGCUGGGCACCAUUGUGGGCUACUACGAGCGUUAUCGUCGCGCUUUAAUACUCGAGAAGAAUCGACGCGCCGGCCAGAACCAGAGCCAGUAGUGAAGAGCCCGAAGACGACUGAUACACACACACACACACACAACAGACCGGAUACUCGCCUUAGUUAUCCUACGAUCGACAACCCAUUAACUUAUUUAAACCCCCCAUAUAAAAUAGCCAACGAUAUCAGUGCCUUAGAAAAGACUUUUACGAGGUAAAGAGAGCCACAGCCAGAUCUAGAUCAGAUCCGUUUGCCCGUUUGUGAACCUAGUUUUAACGUAGAAAUGUUUUACGUUCGAUUAUACCCUUUAUUGUGUACUGUGAAUUGAGCUUUGCUUUUCUUUACUUUGCUUUGUUUUGUACUCUGUAUUGUGCAAAUUAAACAAUAUUUUUGUAUGCUCAAAU